AUGCUCUCACGUGUUGCUGCAGUGAAGGCACCCCGCACACACAACCGUCGCCGCGUGGCCGGAUCCAGCGGGAGGAGGAGGGAAGGAAGAGAGAGUGAGCCGCAGAGGCCCAACAUGUCCCGGCAUGUGUUUGCUUCUGCGGUGCUGCUGCUCCUCGUCACGACGAUGUGCCGCGCCACCUGUGGAGCUACAGCCGCAAAGGAGAAUGAUGGCAACAGUGAUUCAAGAAGUGUUGAGGAGCUGCAAUGGGUCGAUCUAUUUGUGCCACAGAAGACGCCGGUGCAGCCGGAGGGUGGAGGUACUCCAGUUACGACGAGGGAUGCAUUUGUUUCACCCUCUCUUGUCAGUGCUUGUGGAGUAAUUGCUGCUUUUGCCGAAGGUCACAUGAAUGCCCAAUAUACCGCUGAUGGUAAAGUAAUUAAACCGAUUUCUUGUGAUGUUGUUGCGGAGUACAUUGACUCUUCGUGGGAUUGGUCCACUCUUGUUGAAAAGGUGAGUGAAAGUACAUGGAAGGCAUACACCGUGCCUGAUACGACGGAUGGAACGAAUCGUGUGGGCGAUGUGUUCAACCCCACAACAACAACGAAGGGUAAUAAGGUGUUUCUUCUUGCGGGAAGCUCUGAUGCGCACAAAGAAGGUCUGGAGUGGGAAUGGGGCAGCAUGGAGCUGAAACUGUUUGUGGGUGAUGUCACGAAGCCUACGGACAGCGAGCCGAGUCAACGGAUCACGUGGGGCACACCCACAUCGUUAAGCCAGACUACUUUAAAGGCACCCAAAGCUGGAUUGAAGGAGUUUGUUGCUUCUGGUGGCGCAGGUGUUCUGAUGGAGGAUGGCACGCUUGUGUUUCCUGUGAGUGCGUUUGAUACAGAAAAUGACGGUUUCUCCAUGAUCAUUUACUCGACGGACAACGGCAGUACCUGGUCGCUAUCUGAGGACAUUUCACCUGCGAACUGCCGUUAUCCCCGCAUCACCGAGUGGGAGGGAUCACUUCUCAUGAUUGUUGACUGCGAGAAUGGCCAGAGGGUGUACGAGUCGCGUGACAUGGGGACAGCGUGGACGGAGGCAGUCGGGACACUCUCAGCCGUGUGGGUCAAAUCACGAUCAUUCCUUUGGGAUCUGAGCUUGCAUGUGGAGGCCCUCAUCACCGCGACCAUUGAGGGAAGGAAGGUCAUGCUGUACAUUCAGAGAGGGAACUUCUCGGGGAAGAAUAAGGCCAAUGCGCUCUACCUUUGGGUGACGGACAACAACCGCACAUUUUUUGUUGGACCGGUUGGCAUGGACAAUGCUGCGAAUUGGAUGCUCGCCAGCAGCCUGCUGUACUCGGAUGGGAGUUUGCAUCUUUUACAACGGAGUAUAAAUGGUGAGGGCAGUGUCAUUUCACUUUCCCGCCUGACCGAGGAGCUGAAGACGAUCAAGUCCACCCUCAGCACUUGGUCGCAAAAUGACGUUUUCUUUUCCAGCCUUUCUAUACCCACGGCUGGUCUGGUUGGAUUCCUGUCCAAUACGUCGUCCGGUGGCGACACGUGGAUCGACGAUUACCGCUGCGUGAAUGCAUCCGUGACGAAAGCAGCGAAGGCCCAUGACGGGUCCAAAUUCACGGGGCCUGGGUCCGGUGCGAUAUGGCCUGUGAACAGCCGGGAGGAUAAUAAUCAGCACAGAUUUGUGAACCACAGAUUCACCCUUGUGGCGACGGUGACCAUUCACCAGGUUGCGAAGGGGAGCACUCCUCUGCUGGGUGCGGGUCUGGAUGCACCCGUCAGCACGAACUUCAUUGGGCUGUCGUACAGCAUGAAUAAAACGUGGGAGACGGUGUUUGAUGGGAAGAAAACGACAUCGAACACCACGUGGGAGCUGGGGAGAGAAUACCAGGUGGCGCUCAUGCUGCAGGACGGCAACAAGGGCUCCGUGUACGUGGAUGGUAAGAUUGUGGGGAGCCCAGAGAAGAUACCAACACUUGAGACGCAGGGACAUGAAAUCACACAUCUCUACUUUGGAGGCGAGGGAGACAUCAACAGCAGCGUGACAGUGACGAACGUAUUUCUGUACAACCGCCCACUGAGUGUCGGUGAAAUAAAAAUGGUCAAGAAGAGCGACGCCAAAAAAGGGAAACGGUGA